GGCUUCAUUGGAGAUAACGCAACUUGUGCUUGCUGGUAUAAAAAUGGAAUUCUGGUGUCUGGACCGAAUGGAGAACUCAGAUUUUUUUCAAACGAGCAGAUGCCGCCGAAUGCAAUCAUCAGCUCCGAACGCGUUUUACAAUCGGGCAAUGGGAACGAAUGGCGAACCGUUUGGAAGUCGAGUGGGCCCCCAGACUGCUCGAUUCGGCAACUGGACUGCGCCAUCGGCAGGGAUACGCUGCUAUGCUGGACAUCGAAUGGGGGCUGUUUUGAAUUUACGAUUCAAUUCGAUUCCGAAGAACCCACGGAAUUUCAUAAAAUUGCACAGUUUAACAUGCAAAUCUUUCACCCACAUGGACAUUGUUAAUCCCUUGCAGACUCAUGUUGUGACCCUCAGUUCCAACAACAAAUUGACACUCUGGAGAGCUCACGAUGGAGUCGAGGAUGCUGUGCUUGUGGUCCACGAAUCCGCAAAGAUAUUGGUUACAAAUCCCUGCCUGCCAUAUGCUGCUUUGGGAAGAACUGAUGGUGUCCUGCAUCUGGUCAACUUGUACGAUACACAGAAUAUUUCAGAUCUGGUUAAAUUCAGACUAAGUGAUCAGCCUAUCAACUUCAUAACUUUUCCUCAAUCUGGGCGCUACAUAGCCGCCUCCAAUUUGGAAUCUGGUGAACUGUUUGUUAUUUCUGGAAGCGUUGGUUCCAAAAUGGACAUCUUGUACUACAUCGAUAUCCGGCACCAGUGCGCGAUGCUUACCUGCAUGGAAGUAGGGAGUGAUGUCAGGAUUGCCACCUUGAUGGUGACGGAUGACACUUAUCUGGCAGGGGACAGAUUGCUAUGUUAUACUUUACCGAAGCAUCCAGAAAAGGCUCUGUUCUCCCAGAAGUACUACCUCAACAUGAAUAGAUUGUACAAGAACGUGUGCUACUGUAAUGAUGUCCCGGGGGCCACUUUGAUAUUUGCGGUGCCCCACAUGUCUAGGGUCAUACAUGUGCUGGACUAUAGUCAUAAUAAAUCAUGGGCAGUCAUCCUAAAGCGAGUUAAGGCUUCAGGACAUCAACUGAGAAAUAUAAAUUUUAGAAUCGAUGAAUACCACACCGUUAGCUGUGGAAUGGAUGGUAUCAUUUGUGCACAUGAAGUAGGAGCUAAAGGAAAACCUAUAACUUUUGUAGUUCCCCAUCAUCGAAUGGACAAUGGUGUACAAAACGCUAUUAUGGAUUAUCAGAGAAAACGAAUAGUUUCGAUGGGUCGAGAUGGAACCUUGGUCUCAUCAGGUUUACCCUGGUGUGGAGAUGAAGAGACAGAAAUACGUAAACAAAAAGCUGAAGAAUUCAUGAAUAAUCCAGAAACGAGAGCCAUGUUUAUGGAAAGAAAGACUGAAGGAUAUUUUGAUGAAGGACCCAUGGUCUGA